UAGUCACUUCCGUUAUCGUACAAUCGUAUUGGGCACACACAGUUGGUAGAGUAAGAUGGACGCGGUUGAGUGUUGUGCGUAGUGCUGUGUUGCGUGUUUAUUUAUGACGUACGUCGUUGAGGCUCAUCGCUAGUUGACGCAGUUACAAGAAAAGUUUGCGUAUCGGAUCGAGGAUUAUUGGCAAGGAAUGCUCUGAGGUUAGCAGAUACAACCCUUCAAACGAUGGUUGACGAAGUGUUGCCGGCUAGCUUGGAGAGGCUGGAAAUUGAUCGAGAUUCCGUCAAUUCUGCUCGUGUAAAACCAACGGAUAAAACGAAGCCAACGAAUCCAUUUCGAAUAACAAGUAGAGGUAUUAGGUCUGAUACCAGUCAUUUAUUCCCUCGAAGAUCAAUGCCUAACAGCAGGCUAACGACAUCGUUGUCAUCAUUGUCUGCAAUAAAUCCAAGGGGUGUUAGAAGUACAACAAAUUUCAAACCGUGUAAACAUGAGAAAGUAUUAGACAAGCCUAACAAAAAAAGAAAUUCUAUAAUUAAGGAGGCAGUCUUAAAAUUAAAUAACACAAGUUCGAAUAGCGUGAGUUCGAGUUACUUGAGCGAAAAUUUGGCCAGCACGUUGCUGGAAGAGGUCUGCAAACGAAGUAUCUGUAGUAGUAUAAAUUGUAAAACCUUCGGUCGAGGCUCUGUUACCAAGGACUUUAAGGCUCUAAACAUCAGCCCAACAGAGUUUAGACUUGCUAAAGACGACGCCAGCAUUGACGACAACUUUCACGCAAGCAUCUUUCAACGUGCCAGAAGCAAUACCAUGCCCAGCCUGAAGAAAGGACCCGGUCCUGGUGGGGGCAGCGCUUUACAUGCUGGACAGAACGACACACAAAAUUCCCCAGGAUCAAAUCAGAACUCGAGUUCCAGCACUUGUUCAAUACAGGCCAGAAUAUCACCACCGCCUUGCGAUGUAACAAUUGACGAGUUAGCCAGUUACUUUGACGAAUUUGUUCAUAUUCCAAAGAAGAUGUCACACAUGGCCGAGAUGAUGUACAUUUAACAAAUCUUAUUCAGCAAGAUUUUGUUCAGAGUUAUAUUGCCGAUCGAAUGAGGGGGGGGGGGGGGAGAUUUAUAAUAGAGUAUAAUUUGAACUCAAAAUUAAAUGGCUCUGUUUCUGAUUUGAUUUUUUUCACAACAGCGACAAACGGGCAGUCAAUUCUUCUUGGUAAUAUCGAUUAAUUGUUUAAUCAAUCACUAUUGUUUAAUACUAUGUAUUUACUAUUGUAUUAUGAUAACCAUGAUUUUGGUGCACCUUAAAUUAUUUUUCAAAUUACGUUAUAAUGUUACUAAUAUUAUUUGGAAGAGAAAAAUUGUUAAAAAUUUAAAAAAAAAUUUACACGUUCAUAUAAUAUCUUUUUCUUCUUUUUUGUUUGAUUGAAUUCAUUCUUAUGAUAUAUUGAUCCAAUGGUUGAACGAGAAUUAUGGUACAAAAUGAAUAAAUAAAUGAUACGAAACUC